AUGGCCACUAGUCAACCUUGUUUAGGUUCUGCAAUUGGUGUCAAUGACUUAAUUGAUGUUCUUGAUUUAUUAAAGAGAUGUGGCUUUCCAGAAACAAGAUGGUAUGAGCUUGGCCUGAGACUAGGACUACUAAAGAAGACACUGGACGUCGUAGAAAAGAAUCAUCCUCAUGAUGUAUCUAGGUGUAUGACAGAGUGCCUCUCCCAAUGGUUAGCUGAGAAGUUAAAACAUGAUGUUCUUAUUAAUAUUUUCAAUAAUCGUCAUACUGUCCUGUCUCAGUCUCUUUGUGAUUCUGUUAGUAUUGCUUGGUUACUUUAUGCUGAACAUAUGUUAGCACAAGAAGCAGUUAGCAGAGUGGUGUCAGCUAGUCCCUCUAUUUCUAAUCAACGUGAGGCUCUAUUAACUGCUGUCAAAGAAGCUGUUCAAACUGAUCCCAACAGUUUACAUACAUUUGCUAAUAUAUUAUGUACAAUGAGUACUAAUGUAUCACUAGGACAAGAUAUACUGGAUGAUAUUAGUAAAUAUUUUCCUACUCCUGAAGUGGGUCUGGUUCCUGAGACUAUUGAUAUGGUUCCAGAAGGUAAUAAUUUUUAAGGAAAUGAUGAUACAUUCAUUAAU